AAAAAAGCAGCGGAACCUUCUCGCAGUUUCCUCGCCCCACCACCACACCCACGCAUCACCGCGCGCCGUCAUCUCCACCGCUGGGCGCCCAUCCGGCGGGCCAGGCCGCGCCCGCCCGCUUGACUCCCCAUCCCCGUCCGCCGCGCGACGCGCGGGGACCUGGCCUCCGCUCCUUCUCCACGUCGCGGGCACGAGUGGCGGGUCGCCCUCGCCUUAUUAGCGCCUCCCUCCGCGACCGCGUGCCUCUUCUCCCGUCUCCUCCGCGCGCCCUCGCCCUCGGCGCCCUCUCUCUCUCUGCCCACAACCGCCCGCUGGUUUUCUCCAAGCUACGCAACGCGGAAACUUCCAGAAGCCACCACCUUUCUUCUUCCUUCCGUCCUUUGAUUGUUUCUCCCCUUCCUCGCCGGCCGGAUAGGGGCGCGACGGUGUCGCCGGGCCGGAUCUGCGCGGGCGGCGGCGCCAUGGCCGCCGAGCAGGCCGCCGCGGGGGGCGAGCCGCCUCCGGCCACGCCGCAGCCGGCGGAGGGCGUGACGGCGGCGGGGCAGAGGUCGGUGCCCACCCCGUUCCUCACCAAGACGUACCAGCUGGUGGACGACCCGGCGGUGGACGACGUCAUCUCGUGGAACGACGACGGCUCCGCCUUCGUCGUGUGGCGCCCCGCCGAGUUCGCGCGCGACCUCCUGCCCAAGUACUUCAAGCACAACAACUUCUCCAGCUUCGUGCGCCAGCUCAACACCUACGGGUUCAGGAAGAUCGUGCCGGACCGGUGGGAGUUCGCCAACGACUGCUUCCGGCGAGGGGAGAAGCGGCUGCUCUGCGACAUACACCGCCGGAAGGUGACGCCGGCCGCGGCUGCGACGGGGGCGGCGGUCACGGUGGCCGCGGCCGCCGCCGCCGCGGCGGCCAUCCCGAUGGCGCUGCCCGUUGGCUCGCCGGUGUACUCCGGCGAGGAGCAGGUGCUGUCGUCGAGCUCGUCCCCGGAGCCCCCGCCGCUGCAGCCGCAGGCGGCGUCCGGGUCGGGCUCCGGCGGCGCGGCCUCCGGCGGCGACGCGGGCGAGGAGAACGACCGGCUGCGCCGCGAGAACGCGCGCCUCGCGCGGGAGCUCGGCCAGAUGAAGAAGCUCUGCAACAACAUCCUCCUCCUCAUGUCCAAGUACGCCGCCACCCAGCAGCUGGACGCCGCGAAGGCCGCGGCGGCGGCGGCGGCCGGGAACUGCUCCGGCGAGUCGGCGGAGGCCGCCGCCACGCCCCCGCCGCUGCCGUCGGUGCUCGAGCUCCUCCCCUCGUGCCGCGGCGGGCACGCUGCCGCCGAGGAGCCGCCCGAGGCGGCGGCGGCGGCGGGGACGGAGCGCGGGGACGACGACGAGGACAAGGCCGGCGCGAGGCUGUUCGGCGUCUCCAUCGGGCGGAAGCGCGCGCGCGACGACACCAGCAACGGCUACUCCGGCGGCGUGGAGGACCCCGUGAGCCGAGGCGCGGCGGCGGAGGUGAAGGCGGAGCCGGUGGACGCGCACCCCGACCAGCACCAGCAGCAGCAGCUCAAGGAGCCGCAGGCGUGGCCCAUCUACCGGCCCAGGCCCGUGUACCACCCGCUCCGGGCCUGCAGCGGGUCGGCGGGCAGCGCCGGGAGCGACCACGACGGGUCCCACUCCUCCAGGUGACGCGGCGGCGUCCUCGUCGUCCCUCGCAAGGCAUCGCCGCCGGCGUUAGCAGCAGUUAAAUUACUGUGAUGGAUGGAUGAUACAACAGGAAAGAGGGAGAUCUGAUCAGCUGGGGAUUUUACUGACCCCAUGUAAAACUCCAGUGCGGUUGCCAGUUUCCUUGAUAUCACUGUGUAUAGCAAAGCCCUAUAAAACUAGAGAUUAUUA